GGUGGCGGUAACGCCCGGUAGGGGCGGGGGGGGGGACCGGGAGCAGCCGGAGGCACCGGGAGCCGGGCUGGUGUCCGGGAAAGGGCGCUGGGCACCCAGCGGGGCCGGGCCGGGCCGUGCCCAGGAUGCUGCUGCGCUCGUGGCGCUCGCUGUUCACGGGCCGCCUGCUGCUCCUCACCAACACCGUCAGCUGCGGGGGGCUCCUGGCAGCCGGGGACUGGCUGCACCAGGAGUGGCACCGCCGCAAGCACCCGCAGAGCCAGCUGCAGCUGGGACGCACUGGCAGGAUGUUCGUGGUGGGCUGCAGCCUGGGCCCGCUGAUGCAUUACUGGUACCUGUGGCUGGACUGGGCGCUCCCGGCGCGGGGCGUGCGCUGCCUGCGCACCGUGCUCCAGAAGGUGCUCAUCGACCAGCUGGUGGCAUCGCCCACCAUGGGAGCCUGGUACUUCAUGGCCAUCGGCACCCUGGAGGGCCAAUCUCUGCAGGAGAGCUGGGACGAGCUGAAGGAGAAAUUUUGGGAAAUGUACAAGGCUGACUGGAGCGUGUGGCCGGCGGCGCAGAUCCUGAAUUUCCUCUUCGUGCCACCCCCGUUCCGUGUGGCUUAUGUCAACGUGGUGACCCUGGGCUGGGACACCUACCUGUCCUACCUCAAACACAGGCCCCGCAGCCCCGGGCAGGAGCCCCCACGGCAGAGCCAGAGCAGCGCCGGGGCGUAGAGAGGCACGAGGCCGUUCCAGAGCAUCCUGCAGAUGGAUCCCGAUGGAUUUCCAUGGAUUUCUGGCCUUUGUGGAGCGCCCCAGCUGAGGGAGGGCAUGGCCAGAGCCAGCCCCCCCCUCCACGUGCCUGCUGCUGAU